AUGACCAUGUCUGUUGCACGCCUGCGCUUCUUUGCCAUCGCCAUCUUGACAAAUGCCCUGCUGACAACCGGCGCGGUUGCCGAGAAGGUGCAGAAAACUCCGUUCGCGGCCAUUGCACCCUUUGCCGAGGUGCAAGCCCCUGCGCUGCGCGCGCCUGGUCCCAAGCCCCGAUUUCCUGGCAACACCGCCAGUCCACCAUCCCCAGUUUGCCCCGGGGCUCAUGCGCCCCGUCUCAUAAACCAGGAGUCGCACACUUGGUCCCCUCGCAUUGGCUGGGAAGGGGACACGGUGUGGCAAGGCGAGCAGGGCCUGCCGGCGGCCGGCCUCUCCGAUCGCACCCUCAAGCUCUUCUUUGGCUACAGCGCCCUCGAGCCUCCUCCGGCUGAGCUGGCGAAGCCGCUCGAGACGAUGGCAGCGCGGUCGGCGAUGGCGUCCGCGCGGUCGUUGACGGGCAGGUCAUUCACCAUCCUGGACAAGAACCUCGAGAGCGGAUGGGGCUACUACGAGUCGAUCAACGACAAAGAGUCGACAGGUGCAUGGCGGAACAGGGACCCGUGCGGUGUGACCAACACGCUGUCAUACGAGGCGGAGUUCUUGUACAUGAGCGGAAUCAGCCUGACCUGCGAAGCGCCAGGCUGCACACACCCCAUCAUGCCACCAGAGAGAGGAGGCGCGUACCGGAACAUUCUCGUCGACAUCUACAUCCCGCCGUCCUUGAACGGGACUUGCGAGGACGACGUCUUUUUGAUGGGCACUACUCAGGAGGAGGCAGCAAUGGAAAGCGACGCUGGCGACUACUACACAGAUGCGGAGGAGUGUUCAUCUAUGUGGUCCUUCUGUAUGACGCGCACCAUCUUCACACGGAUCGCGGGGACAGUCGUGAACGCAGCCAUGGGCGUGUGGACUUGGAUGAAGGGGGUAGGGGCGUGGUUCCGCCGCGGCUUUAUCGAGCUCUUUGUGGAGACGUACGAGCUCCCGCAGGUUGACGAGUCGGGGAAGACCGCCAGCUCGCCUGGGGUCGCUUGCAGAGCUGGGUUCUCGCGCUGCAUCGAGCCGCUGCCAGAGGGGUUGUCGUACCAGCUGAGCGGAGGAAAGGGCUCCAACAUUGCCUCACAAGUCCACCCGCUCGACCGCAACAACCUCAUCGUCCAGGCAAACCUGGGGCUGUACACGCUGUGCAUCCCGAUUUGGAAAUCGGUGCAACCUCCUGGACCUACCUUUGAGGGGUGGCGCGGAUUCACCCUCAUGAACAGGCGGCGCGUCCAGGAGACGGCGGUGUCAGAGCCGCGCCCGAGCCUGAUGAGCAGAAUGGGCUUGUGGUGGGCAAAGCCCGAGACGGCACCAGCGGUCCAGGAGGAACCGAUCCGUUUCUUUCUAGACAGGGUGGAGCUGAUUGAUCACUCUUGCUGA